CUACUAAAACCAUGUCUGUAGAAACUCUGUCACAGGGUUGAGGUAGGGAAGGUACUUUCAUAAUUAAGUGCUUCAGGCCCAGGAAGUACUGUGGGUAGGAGAACAUCUGCUCUUCCGCUCUUCAUCAGGAUCUGACUCAGUAGAGGACUUGCGUCAUUUGCUCAAAAUAAAGAACACGACUCUUGCUGAAGCUGGUGAGAUUACUCACGAUUAAAUCCCUUGCUGAAUUAAGGGUUCAGACUGAAAUUACAUGCUACAUUGCACAGAAUACAAAAUCAAGAUAAACAACACGUAUGUGUUUUGUGCUACACUUGUUGCACAGUAACCUUUGUCAUUAUUGGUUUCUGUGAAAAGGUGGGAUAUGUUUUUGUUUUUCUGUGUAUUGGUUUUCUAUUUGAAAUCCACACCCAGGUCAGGAAUGUUUCAGGGACAUCUUUUCCUCAGCUUUUCUUGAUAGGACCUCUGUUUGGAGCUAGCAAGGAUAGCUGAGGUGUAAAUAUAAUUUGCAGUGACCAUGUACUAUUGUAGUAUCUUUCUCCUGCCUUGGUGUAUACUAUUCUGGAGAUAUCAAAACACAGCCAUGUGUUUUGGUCUCUGAUGUAAUUCUAAAAAAAAAAAAAAUAUAAAAAUAAUCCCAAACCAUUGCUGGUUCCCUAAUUUACUUGGGAAAAGAGGAAACCUCAUUUAAAAAACAAACAAACAAAACCAAACCCAAACAAUAAAAACUUAUGAAUAUUGUUUCAUCCAGUUGCUCCCUCUCAGUACCUGUUUGGUUGCUGUAUUCCACGUUACCAGGGGUUUAUUGUGAGGAAUUCUAGUGUUUGUCUAGAUAUCAUUUCCAGUUACCCUUCCAUAAAACACCUUAACUGUCAAAAAUCACACUAAAAAAUAAGAAAUGAUGUAUUCUUGUGACAUAUAUGAAAAAAUCUCAGGCCACGCAGUGGUGCUUUAGACAACAAGCUAUGUACCUCCUGACGUUGUAAGAUGAUUCCCCUUUAAAAUGAUAAUUCUCUUAAAAUAGGAUCGUUACCAUGCACAAACACAUGGUAGCCCUGCAUAGUCUAUCAUGCAAGAAAGUAAAUAAAAAUUAAGCAUCGUGGAAUGUAGCAAAGUUCAUACCUUGACUUAUGUUCCUUGCAGAAAAACUGUGUAAGGUAAAUCCACCUUUUUCCUCUGAUUAGUUGAAAAAGUCUGAUAGGAAAUACGAACGCCUGGAUUAAAAUAGAGUGCAUAUAUUCAUAAGAAGUGGAGUUUAACUUAGUCCAAUGACGUUUAAAAAGCAGCUUACACUACAUUAAGUCGGUCCUGUAUAUAUUUGAAAUUAAAUUUGUGAUGUGCUCUUAAAAUUUUGCUCUAGACGCUUUUUAUAGAGCACAGAUGGGUUGCACUACCUUAUGUACUUGCAAAAUGCUAAAUGGCACGCUAAUAACGUGUUUAUAAUUACAUAGCUCCAAAGGUUGAAAAGUGCUUUUGCAGAUAAGCAUUGACUAUUUAGUGCAAAACUAAUAAAUUGCAUUAUAAGGACAUUAUCAUUCCCACAUUGCUUGGAAACAACCUCUGUGCUGUACCUGAGACAGCCUGAUUAAACGUCCUUAAAAUGUUAUGCUUUUGGGAGGAGUUAAAAGAAAGGGUGCAGUUGGAGAAAACAAUUUCUGAUCAAUGCUGGAAGAAAAAUCUGGGAUAGUUUUCUGUCCCCAUCACCAGUCUCUGAAACUGUCUGGCACAACAGCUUCUGCCAGAGAGUUCACUUUCUUCAGCAGUUCCCUUAACUGGACAUAGAACAUAAACUUAAGUAUUUUCUGUUGGUAGGUUUGUGCACUUCUAUUGUUCUUGAGCUUCCAAUAAAAAUAGUUGGAUUAGAAACUUCUGACACUUUCCCUGAGCUGUGGUUUGUUUUGAAAACUUAAGGUGAAAAUUAUAUAGUUUCACAACUGGGAAAGCCAAUCAGAAGCAGAUUCUGCUUUCUUAGAAGAAAAGGCAGCGUGAAUCUAAGUUUAUCAGGUAGAAAUGAAAUCGUCUGGUAGAUGCAUUUUGAAUGAGUUGAGCAACAGCUGGAGCUGAAUAUCUCUCUUAAAACAUAUGGCUUGAAAAAAUUGGAAACAGCCUUGUUGCAAUAUAUUUCCCAUGAAAAGAGCAUAACGAUGAUCCCGCAACAAAUAAAAUACCUAUCUAACUCUGUCUUUUUCACCCGAGAAUGACCAAUAGCAGAUACCUGGGGAAGAACAGAAGAACACAGUGUGGUAACCUGUGGCGGGGGUGGGGCUGGUGAAGAAAUUGUUUCACUCUUUCAAGACAAAUUGUUGGAAUCUGUGGCAAUUACAGAGCUGACCUCCUCAUACGGUUUGUUUUGCUUUGCAACUGCAACUUUCAAUUUUGUUGGAUGCCUGUUAGUUUGUAUAUUGGAAGAGAAAGCAGCUGUUCUGUAGUCACCUUUGCUGUGCUGUGAUUUUUACAGACCUUUUUAGUUUUCUGCAGCCAUGACACUUUUAAAUGAGAUGCUGCAAAUCAUGAUUAGUAGGUCAGCUGUUUCACCUCUGAGUUUUUAGAAUGCAAAUAUGAAUACCCUCCUGGUCUGAUAACACAGAAAUAUGAAGUGUUUCUGUACCUACAUUACAAUGUGAAGUCCUAUUUCUUGGCCCAUGUAAUGAUGCUAUCUUUGUUGUCCGGCAGUAGCGCAGUGCUGAUUUGAGUCCAUGGUAAUAGUUCUCUCUCUCAUUGUCUCUCAAAGAGAACAGUAACUGUCCUGGACCUGAUGGCGUUCAGUAGAACUUUGUAUUUUGGCUUGUGGUGCACGUAGUGUUUGAAUAUGAGAUGAACUAACUAUCUAUACUUGAAGUCCAUCAAGGAAGGACACUGUUCUCGGAAGGUUCUGUUUUCUGAGACUUUCCCGUGUCUUCCUUGUUCUUCUGGAGCUCUUUGUGCAACAUGGACCUUCUCUUUCUUACCUGAAAUGAUGAUGAAUUUGCGCUUUUACAGCCUGAAAGUCUUUGGACGUAUAAGGGCCUUGCAUGAAAAGUAGUUCUGAAAACUUUGAAUCUUCAGAGGCAGUGAAAUUGCAGUGCUCUGUGUGAAUAAGCAGCCAUAGGUAUCCAAGGAGCAGGCAUAGCAAACUGUUUUUAAUUCUUGGUUUACAAAAGUUGCGAGAUUUUUUUUUUUCUUUUAAUGGCUCUCUGGUAAUAGUUGUGAAACAGUUAAGUAGAAGUAUUGUUUUCUGCUUUAAGGUGGUUUGGUUUUUCUUUUAAUUGCAAAAUUUUACAAUUAUCUGUUAAAUUUAAUGUCUGUGGGCUUUUUUUUUUUUUUUUGGUGACCUUUAAAAAUAUAUUCACAUUUUCUUCGGUUCUGUUGGAAUUGGCAUGAUUUGUAUUUUAUUUUCAGUUGAAAAAUAUGCUGCUACACUGCAAUAAAAUGACAAUCCAGGGAAAUAGCAUUCGGUGAAUCAAAGGAGUGGGAUUUUGGUUUAAAUUGCUAGCUUGCCUUUGAAAGUGUGUGCGUCUGCUUGCAUGUAGAGUGGUUGAACAAAUACGUCAAGCUCAAGCUAAUUAAGGGUGGAGAACCUUGGUUAUUUCGGAGACCAAGUUCCCACGCUGUCUUGUCCCCUUGUCUAGUUGCCAGGCCCAGCAGUAGCUCAGACCUCUGUCAGGUGGUACAUAGGUACCUCUGCCCCCAGAGGGAGCUGGAGCUGGACCAGCCUUUGCUACUCCUGGUAACAGUCAUUAUUCAAAUAACUUUUCCUUUCUGCACAGCUUUUCUCUUGGAGAAGUGGUGUGUUGUAGUAGGCUGCUGAAGUAAUCGCAGUAGAUUGCUUUGCUUUAGACUACUACCACAACGUUGUUUUCAGACUUUCAGAAAUCCAGAGUUACUGAGUUUCUGAAUCUGUCCUUGAAAAUGAAAUGUGUCUCAUAUUGUAGUUCUCAGAGAUGCAUGUGUGCUGUUCCGCCUUCUUUGUGUGCAUUGAGAGUGCAGCUUCUCUCUGCCUCUCCAUCUGUUUCUUUACUGUUCUGUUUUAUUUGCAGAUGCUAUCAAUAAUUGGGAAAGAUGUGGGAAAGUUCUCACAAAAGACUGGAAUCCAAGGGAUUCUUCCUACUUCAUAGGUUUUUCUUAGAUAAGAAAUUCUUUUUAAAAGUUUUGAAUACAUUUAUUUAUAUAAGGCAUAGAAGGGAAGCUCUACAGUACGGAUUUAGUCCUCAGAACUACAGGUUAGAUAUUUAGAGAGUGAAGUAUGCUCAGAAGAAGAUAAUGUAGUUCUAAGAAACUGCAAAUAAAUUGUCAUGUUUUGUAAACAAAGCCUUUCAAGUUUUUAAUUAUAGAUAGCUUUUCUUUCUUUAGUGCUCUACAUGACCUAUCAUGCUGAUCAAAGAGGAAACAAACAAUCUUUCCAUGUUAACUCAGGACUACCACCCCCAGAAUUGGAGAUAUUCUGCAAAAGUUGGCUCCUUUCCUCAAGAUGUAUGGAGAGUAUGUGAAGAAUUUUGAUAACGCGAUGGAACUGGUGAAAACGUGGACUGAACGGUCACCUCAAUUCAAAAUCAUUAUUCAGGACAUUCAGAAGGAAAAAGUGUGUGGAAAUUUGACAUUGCAACAUCACAUGCUAGAACCAGUACAACGUAUUCCACGCUAUGAGAUGCUUCUAAAGGACUACCUAAGGAAAUUGCCUCAGGAUUCCCUAGACUGGAAAGAUGCUGAAAAAUCCCUGGAAAUUAUAUCCACCGCAGCAAGUCACUCCAAUAGUGCAAUAAGAAAAAUGGAGAAUCUAAAGAAAUUGUUAGAGAUAUACGAGAUGCUGGGAGAAGAGGAAGACAUUGUGAACCCUUCAAAUGAACUGAUAAAAGAAGGACAGAUCCUUAAACUUGCUGCUCGCAAUACAUCUGCUCAAGAACGGUAUCUUUUCCUAUUUAACAAUAUGUUGCUCUACUGCGUCCCCAAAUUCAGCUUGGUAGGAUCGAAGUUCUCAGUUAGAACCAGGGUUGGCAUAGAUGGUAUGAAGAUUAUAGAAACCCAUAAUGAAGAAUAUCCACACACUUUUCAAGUGUCUGGAAAAGAGCGAACACUGGAAUUGCAGGCCAGUUCUGAACAAGAUAAGGAAGAAUGGAUAAAGGCGCUUCAGAAUACUAUAGAAGCUUUUCAGCAGAGGAAUGAAACUUUCAGAAACGCUAUUGCUAAAGAAUAUGAAGACAUGCCUGUUGAGGUUUCUAAUGCUGAGCUUGGGAAGAGAGCGCCAAGGUGGAUACGAGACAACGAAGUAACCAUGUGCAUGAAAUGCAAGGAGCCCUUUAAUGCGCUGACAAGGAGAAGGCACCACUGCCGAGCAUGUGGCCAUGUGGUUUGCUGGAAAUGUUCUGAUUAUAAGACACACCUCGAGUAUGACGGCAAUAAACUGAACAAAGUCUGUAAGGACUGCUAUCACGUUAUAACUGGUUGUACAGACAGUGAAGAAAAGAAGAAGAAAGGCAUCUUGGAGAUUGAAUCUGCGGAAGUGUCUGGAAAUAGUGUCAUAUGUAGCUUUCUUCAGUACAUGGAAAAAUCAAAGCCCUGGCAGAAAGCAUGGUGUGUUAUACCUAAACAGGAAGCUCUUGUGCUGUACAUGUAUGGUGCUCCACAGGAUGUUAAAGCUCUGGCUACAAUUCCGCUUCUGGGCUACACAGUAGAUGAUGCUCCAAGAAGUGCUGACCUCCCACACAGCUUCAAACUGACCCAGUCUAAGUCUGUGCACAGCUUUGCUGCAGACAAUGAGGAACUAAAACAGAAAUGGCUAAAAGUUAUCCAUUUAGCCGUCAAAGGUGAGACACCAGAAUGUCAAAAUGAACUGCAAGUGAAUUUAGAAGAUUUGAGUUCCUCUUCUAAAACAUCUGAAUGCUGAAGCUCAAGAAGACAUGGUAUUUUUAAAAGAUUUCAAUUGAAUUUAUGGUUAACCUUUGUGUUAACCUUUCUUUGUUCAAUCAAGGAAAAAAAAAAGAAACUUAUUACUACCAUACACAUCUUAGCACUUUAUGUUUGGGAACAAUUCUGGUCUUUUUAGGGAUCUUUUUCUUAUAUUUAUGUUCUGUCAAUAAAAGUGAUGUACAGGUCCAUUUCAGAGACUUUUUAGAAAAAUGUGAAUGCUAUUAAAAAUCCUUGAUUAACUUUACUGUACCACUUGUUUGUUGUGAUGCAAUUUUUUUUAAAUCCAGAUGCUUUUUGUUUAACGUUUGCUACUUUCAUUAAGAAUGCAAAUACUGAAGCUUCCUACUUAAAUGUUAGGACUUGCAACAGGAUAAAAGAUAUACCUCCACAUUGCCAAAAUAGAUCUGUACUUAAAUAUGCAGGGACAGUUUGGUUUAAUGUAUGUAGUUUAUAGAUUGGAUUCCACAGCUCUGUACAUAUGUUGUAUUCACGUGUCUCUAAUGCAAAUUGAUUUCACAGGUAUUUUGGCUUUUAAAGUUUCAGUUUAUCGAGGGAACAAUCUAAUGAUUUUUCAAUCUAGAAAUGAAUACCUAAAAUAUGACAAAACAAUAUAUAAUAUAUGUACAGUAUUAAAAAUGUACAGUACCUGAUUUUUGCUUUCAUGAUACUGCAUUCCUAUUAGUGAAUAAUUUAUUUUAAAAGCAUGUUUUCUAUUUGAAAUUAAACACAGUCCUAAAUUAACAAA